AUGUCAACGAAUGUGAAAGCUCACCAUGUCUGAAUGAUGGUGUAUGCACAAAUCUUCUCAACAACUAUGUCUGUCAAUGUCUUGCUGGUUGGACUGGCGCUCAUUGUGAAUUGGACAUCGAUGAAUGUGAAAGCUCUCCUUGUAUGAAUGGAGGUAUCUGUACUGAUGACACAAACAUGUUUACUUGUAUGUGUCUUGAUGGUUACACCGGGACACUUUGCGAAAUUGAUAUAAAUGAGUGUUCCAGUAACCCAUGUCAAAAUGGUUUCUGCAAUAAUAUGAUAAAUUUCUAUACAUGUACUUGUAAUGCUGGAUUUACUGGUGUUCAUUGUGAAUAUGAUAUCAACGAAUGUGGAAGUACUCCCUGUCAAAAUAGUGGCACAUGUUUGGAUUUUGUUAAUUAUUAUUCAUGUAACUGCCUGUCAGGCUGGACUGGAACUAACUGUGAACUUCCCAUUGACGAAUGUGCCAGUGGACCAUGUAUCAAUGGUGGAACGUGCAUCGAUCUCGAAAAUGCAUAUUAUUGCAUGUGUACUGCUGGAUGGACAGGUCAGCUAUGCCAAGAAGAUAUUAAUGAGUGCAUCAGUCUUCCUUGUCAGCAUGGUGGCCGAUGUAACAAUCUACAAAACAGAUUUUCUUGUACAUGUCCACCUGGCUUUACUGGAGAUAUGUGUCAGAUAGAAUUAGACCCAUGUACCAGUGAUCCAUGCAUUAAUGGUGGUACUUGUGUUAAUGAGGUAACCCACUAUACAUGUCGAUGUCAGGAUGGCUAUACUGGAUACAACUGCCAGUCUGAUUUCAAUGAAUGCGCCAGUUUACCAUGUAUGAAUGAUGGCACAUGUAUCAACCUCAUUGGUGGCUUUGCUUGUACCUGUAAGGCUGGUUGGACCGGUACACUCUGUGAAGUCAAUAUUAACGAGUGUGGGAGCAAUCCCUGUCAAAAUGGUGGCCAUUGUAUUGAUGGAAUUAAUCAUUACAGUUGUUCCUGUCCAGUGGCAUUCAGUGGAUACAACUGCGACAAUAAUGUCAAUGCAUGCUUUCCCAACCAGUGUCAAAAUGAAGGCAGUUGUAUAAAUUACCAUACCUACUUCAUCUGUGUAUGCCCAGCGGGUUACACUGGCACACUCUGUCAGACAGAUAUCAAUGAAUGCACUAGUAGUCCUUGCUUGAAUGGUGGUACCUGUAUGGAAGGUAUUAAUUCAUAUCUGUGCCUCUGUAAACCAGGAAAAACAGGAACCAACUGUCAAAUUGAUGUCGACGAGUGCUUGAGUGGACCAUGUCAAAAUGGUGGAACGUGUAGUCAUGGCGAAAAUUUCUAUUCAUGUGAAUGUGCUGAAGGGUGGACAGGCAUUAACUGUGAUAUCAAUGUGAAUGAGUGUGGUAGUGGUCCCUGCCUCAAUGGUGGUACAUGUAUUGACCUUGUGAACUCCUACAUAUGUGAGUGUUUGCCAGCGUGGGUUGGUCUACAUUGUGAAUUAAGUACUGAUGAUUGUCUGAGUAGGCCGUGUCAGAACGGCGCCACAUGUGUUGAUGGUGCAAACGACUACAUGUGUGUAUGCCCACCUGGAUGGACAGGAAAGGACUGUAACAAUGGGAUUAACGAGUGUGCCAGUCAUCCUUGCAAGAAUGGCGGUACUUGCAUCGAUGGACAUAAUGGUUAUACAUGCCAGUGUAGUGCCGCAUGGACUGAUGUACACUGUGAAAUCAACAUUGAUGAAUGUUCAAGUUCCCCUUGUAUGAAUGGUGGUACAUGUACUGAUGACAUUGGUUUUUUCACCUGUUCCUGCCCACCAGGAUGGAAUGGGGCAGUCUGCGAGUUAGAUAUAAAUGAAUGUGACAGUGGACCAUGUCAGAAUGGUGCAACAUGCAUACAUGCAGUUAAUGCAUAUUCCUGUGUCUGUCCUGUUGGAUUUACUGGACCUCAAUGCCAAAUAAAUAUUGAUGAGUGUGCCAGUAUUCCCUGUUUGAAUGGUUUAUGUAUUGAUCUUAUCAAUGCGUUUAGAUGUGAAUGCCACCAAGGCUGGACAGGUUUACUUUGUGAUGUCGAUAUCGACGAAUGUGAAAGUAACCCAUGUCUAUAUGGUGGUACUUGUAACAACCGUAUCGGUCAUUAUACAUGUACAUGUCCAGCUGGUUACCAAGGUUACAACUGUGAAAUAGAUCUGAAUGAGUGUGUUCCAAAUCCAUGUAAAAAUGGGGCAACCUGUGAAAACCAACCAAACACAUUUAGUUGUCUCUGUGUAAAUGGAUGGACUGGACGAACAUGUGAAAUCAAUAUCAACGAGUGUGGUAGUUAUCCCUGUCAAAAUGGUGGCCAAUGUGUAGAUUUAAUUGAUGGCUAUAGCUGUAUCUGUCAAUCAGGAUGGGGAGGACUUGCAUGUGAAAUAAAUAUAAAUGAAUGUGCUAGCUCUCCUUGUUUAAAUAAUGCUAUGUGCAUUGAUGGUAUAAAUCAGUACACAUGUCAAUGUGCUGCUGGGUGGCAAGGAUUCCACUGUGAUCAAAAUGUUAAUGAGUGUUAUAGCUAUCCUUGCAAGAAUGGUGGUCUAUGUGUAGAUGGAAUAAAUAGAUAUACUUGUCAGUGUAAAGCAGGAUGGACUGGUGAUAACUGUGAACAUUGGUUGGGUUGCAUUGCCAACAUAACAUCCCAAGAGAUCAAGAUAGCAUGGAGAUUACAAGUCCAAAUUAUCCCGCUAACUAUCACGAUUUUGAAUACUGUCGUUGGUUCAUAUAUGCUGAAUCAGGAAAACAUGUACGUGUUGACUUCAACUAUUUCUACACCGAAAUGCGAUAUGAUGUACUGAAAGCAGGUAAUGGUGUCGACGUAGAGGAUGCCGGCUCAGUUGUCAUUCAGGCAUCUGGUAAUGAAGUCCCUCCACCAUUCCUUACCACUUCCAAUGUGGUUUGGGUUACUUUCAGAAGUGAUAGUCAUAAAACAGAAAAAGGAUUUGCAUUGUCAUUUACAGUGGAAGAUUCUCCAGAUUUGGUGAAUGAAUGUUCAAGCAACCCAUGUCGGCAUGGUGCCACAUGUGUGGACAGUAUUGAUCAAUAUGUUUGCAUGUGUUCUUAUGAAUGGGCUGGUAUCAAUUGUGAAAUUAUGAUUGACAUUAACGAGUGUUCCAGUAAUCCAUGUCCAACUGGAGCAAGAUGUCUGAACUCAUUUAAUAAAUAUUUCUGUGUAUGUCCUCCCG